AUGUCUACUGCCGCAAAGAAAACCGUUCAGAAGCGGGCGCCUGCAGCGCAUCCAUCCUACAAGGAAAUGGCAAUGGCCGCCGUGAAAGCUACUCACACUAAAAAUGGAUCCUCGCGAGCCGCCAUAAAGAAAUACGUCGAAGCAAAUUACAGCGUGAAAUCAGAUCAGGCGAAAAUCCACCUUAAGAGGGCCCUCAAAAGUCUGGUCGACGAAGGCGCGCUUAAAACGGAUUUGCCAAAAGCACCCAGAAGCUACAGACUUACCAAAAAGGAACCGCCAAAGAAAAAUAAGACUGCGUCGGCACAGAAGACAUAA